GAUUAGGAUACUAACGUCCGGAGGCGCAGUACUCGCGGAACCACCACCCCGUUGAAACAAUCUCACGGUGCGGGAUUCUCGGUUCGUAGUGGAAUUCUUCUCAUCAAGAAGCCCGAUGUUCCGUUAUUCGUGAAAAUCAAUUCUUCUGACGCUGUUCAUUUUACGUGGUGAAGCAACACGAAAUUUCACGGAGGUUCUACGAAAGCUAGGAAGCAAAGAUGAUCACGGCGCUGCCAGUGCCCUCAGUGAAAGUCUUCCAUAAAACCUAUUAUCAAGAAAAAGGGUCCAGAAUAGCGACUAGUCAACCUGGGAGUCCAUUAGCUGAGAGCGAAGCAGUGCUGGCAUUAGUUGACAAAGAACCUCCAGAAUACUAUUUUUGUGGCAAGGUGAACUCAUUGCACGUUGUAGUUGGAUCGUUGCUGUUGGGUGCUGUGGUAUUGGUCGUAGGCUUGGUACAACUUGCGCCAGGGGCAGAAGCUGCGCAAAAUUCGACAUCUCUGAUUGUUGUUGGAAGUACUUUACUUGUGGUUGGUGUGUUCCUUGCCACGGUUAGAGCUUUAUGCAUCAAAAAGCAGAAGUGCGCCCACAAGGAUGAAACUCAUCAAAGAAGUGUAACUAGCAUAGACAUGCUGUUAGCCCAACAUAGAGACUUUACGGUUUUGACACCUGACGAACUGGAGGACCUUGUUGGACGAUCAACAUCUGCCUUGGAAAAUAAAAUUCGCAAACAGGAUCACAAUACCUAGGUGUUGUCGGCCUCGAAGAAGGCCCGUCCAUCAUCACCGCCCUGCUCUAACACACAAUCAUCGUCGACGUCACCGGGAACUAGUUCAUCCAUUCUCUAUACACAUCGUUACGACUCUCGUGAACAUAGUCUGGUUUAAAGUGGUGUAACUUUAGCCUUAUUUGCUAGAGACUAUUCAACAAACUGUUGGGCACGCGAAAAGCAGCAGUUUCAUACUUUAAUGAUUGCACGCUGCCUUUAAUUUGAUGCAAAUGUAUCUAUAAGGUAAUCGAGUGAAGUCGUUAUGAGUAAAAAACAAUGUUGUUACUCUUUCAAUUCUGAGGCAAAUGAAAAGAAUUGUUUGCUCGCAAUAGUGAACAAUUCCUUCAUUUGUCUGUUAAUUUGCGAUGAAACAAGGUGAAUGCCUUAAUUCUAGAAAAGAAUGAAGUGGAUGGGAACUGACCUCCCACUGGGUAAUUUUUAAUAUAAAUCACUUGACUUCGGAACUAGAAAAACUGGUAGUGGAAGAAAUUCGACAUUGGAAAUGCAUACCACAGGGAAAAGUAAACCUAAUUAUUAAUUAAUCCACUAUCUACCCUUCAUUAUUAUUUAACUUUCAAUUGACCUUCGUCGGGAUAUGCACAAUACACUCGUGUUACCCUGUAAAGAGUUCACGUGUUGUAAGCAAAUUGUAAUAACUAAAUAACGUACGAAAAAAAUCAUUUUAGGUCUAAACAAAUCGAACGCACAAAUACUUUUCUGUUUGUGCACUUAUGACCAUUAUAUGCGAACGAUGUACAUAAAUUACUUUUUUUUGGCUUAACCUUUGCAAUAUGAUAUUCAGCUAAGAUAAGAAUACCAUGAAAUUAUUUCUUACACAAGAAGAUGAAUCCAUCCCUCGCGAUACUUGUUUCGGCACCAUAUCGAAAUAAUAUUAAAAACAAUAUUAUAGAGGAUUAUCAAAAAGAUUAAAAAGGAGAGAAAUAUUCUCUCGCAAAGAGUAUUCGAAACAUCUGACGUCUGCUUCACAGCUAAAAAUCAUUGUAAGUUUUUCGAUUGUUCUGAACAUUAUUCACGAGAGACCAAACACUCAACGUCGUUCGAGACUUUAUUGUGUUCAAAUCUUUAAGAUACAAGUCUAACUGUUAACUUUUAAUAUUCAACAGGAACAAUUUGUAUUAUAAGUUUUUUGUAUGAAAUUUAGAUUAUUGUACCGUUUAAUUACUUCAUCGCUUCAUUUACGGCCGAAAAUAGGGACGGUAAGGGUAUAGUACAAUUUUAUGUGUCUAUCAACGUAAAACGCUUAAAUUACUCUAAAAAAUGAUUAAGCAAAUCACAUAGCAUGAAGCGAUCUUAUCACAGUCAAGAGAUACAAUAUAAAUGCUCGAAGAGUCUAUUUAAUUAGAUCUUCGAGCUCCAUCACUUGUCAGGAAUAAAUACUUUGACUCCGAAUAUUUAUCACUGCAUGAUGUAUAUGCACAUAUCUCCAAAUGAUUAAGUAACUCUAAACGAAUUGAAACAGAAACUUUUGAAGUGGAUCAGUCGAUCUCAACUUUCCAGGCGGGACUAAUGAAGAAACAUUUUAGAAAGUCUUUCACUCAACUAUCUUUGACAUAUCUACAAAAAGUACUGCGGUUUGUCAUUGAUGAUUAUCAGUUACAUGGACCGUUUCGUGUUCUCCUUUGUGAUCAUUCUUACGUAAAGUAUUUAUCACUCGCUAAACGGUUUAAGAAUUAAUCAACUAUAGGACAGAUUUUUGUGAUGCCAUCUAACGAGUUCCUGCUAAUGUAUUAUAAAUAACACCUUAUCAAUAGCGUGCCCCUACACGAAGGGAUACACUUCAAUAAAAACAAGAAAAAGAACAAAUACAAAUUUCCUGUGUUAAAUUUUCGAAUAACAAAUCACCUAACAUAACAACGAUCAUGAGCGCAGAUAUCGAGUCAAUUAUGGCUCAUACCGAAAUUUUUGUCAUACAUGCUUAGGAAGUAGUUUCUACAUGUUAUUACGUAAUAUUUCUAACAUAUAGAAGAAAAUAACAUGUUUAAAGAUAUAAAUAUUAUAAAUUAAUACAUUCAUUAAUUAUACAUACUUUCUAAACGUGUUUCGUGCACUUCACAUAUUUUGUAGUAUAUUUACUAUCACCUCAUUUAGAAUAUGAAGACAGGGAAGAACGAAUCCGACAUCGGCUGGAUGGAAGUUAAAAUACGCACAGUUUGUGUAGCUUAAGAUAGACACCGAGCCGAAUUCAGCUCGAAGUAUUCAUAAACGUUCUAAUAAGCUAGCGAGUUCUACGAUCAACGAUGUAUUCAAUAAAAUAUUUUUAGGGGAUCGGAACUGUAUUCAAAUAAAAAAUUUGUACGCCUUAUCGGGUUAUGAUUUCGCUGAUUUUCGCAGCAUAGGGUAGACUUAUCAUUGCAGCCAUUGCGCCGGUUUUGACCAUUUUCGCAACUACUGCUUCUCUUUAAAAAUCUUUUCCAUUUUUAAGGUUAACAUCAGAAAAUAACAAUUGAUAGAAUGAUAUUCUGUGAAUUACUUCGCUAAUCAUACAGUUAGGGAAACUUGUUAUGUUUAGCUUUUUCUAUAGUAAAGCAAAAAUGUUUUGGAAAAAAAGUUACGGAACAUCGGUCUUGAUGCUUCAAAUGUUAAAGAUACACGGCUACAAAACGUUUAAGCGUGUAAAAAUAAUUAAAUGAUCUCAAAAAGUGUUUCAUUGUUACUUUGAAUGUUACAUUUCAAUGUUACUUUUAUGAAAAUAUAUGCUGAUCAGGAAUAGUACAAUCUCUUUUUAAUUUUCUGUUUCCAGUCGUGGAAUGGUUAAAACUGGUGUUAUAAUACGGCACUAGGUUUGGUCACCUAAUCUAAAAUGUAUGUUCAAAAUAAUUAUUAAUGUAUUACUAAUGUAUGAAUUUAAUAUAUAAUACAAGCUAUAUAAUUAUUUUAGUGGUUUAUAAUGCAUCAUAAUAUGGUGCUUUUUAUACCUUCUGCGAUAAUAUCAGAUAAGUAGUUGAAUGUUACACAAGCUAAGAAAGGAAAGAUAUUAGUAAAGUUGAGAAAGAAAAACGUAGAAUAAAAGAACAAAAUUGUAAAAAGGAAGCCGAGAAACAUAAAAAAAAACAAAAUAAUACGAUCGGAUUAGUUAAGAUGCGUUUAAUUGAAAUCCAUUAUAAAUUUAUAUAUAAGAGACACAUUAAAAUGAUAUGAUUAUACAAUGAAGUGUUCUUCUCCAUAUAAUGAGGCAGACAAUUUUUCAUAUUACGCAUUUAUAUUGUUGAUACCGCUCCGAAUUUCUAACUUACGCCUUUCAAGGUAGCCAGAACUGACAUCAAACAUAGUCAAAACUAGUGUCUAGGUGAUCAAAAAAGGUGAAAUAUGAAUUGUUUACUAUUUUUUGACUUAUCAAUCAUCUAAUGAUUUUUUUGUGUACAGGAAAGUUGUAUUUUAAUAUCAAAGGAACUUUAUAAUCUACUAAACCUUAUUAAAGAUUAAAGAUAAUGUGUAAUCUACUAAACCUUAUAGUUUUCUAAUGCUGUACAUGAUUUUAAAAAUAAAUGCAUUGAAAUUCAAAGAAAUCAUGAAAGUAAUCAGAAUUGGUGCAUCUAAAUACCUAACACGACGUGGGCUUAUUUUCAAGCAUCGAUUAUCCAAGGUCAAUUUAUCUUCCGUCAAAUAUUUAAAUCCAUCGUGUUCUUCUCCAAAUUUCCAUAAUGCACGAAAACUUAUUUAUUAAUAUUACUUUACUUGUUGCCACCAAACUAUUUAUUUAUUCUUACUGAUUGCUUAACAAACAAUAAUAAAUAGUCUCGAAUGUUCUCGACUAUGUCGUGGGUGGUUGUUUAUGCGUUAGGUAAUUACUUAUACGAUAUCAACCUUGAAAUAUAAGUGAAUAUAAAUAUCAUAAUAAUAUGCAUUGUUUAAAAAAAUAUAAAUCUAUAUGUAGGUUUAAUUCGUAAUAAGCAUUAAAAACAUUAUAUUCGAGUGUUAUGACUGUAGAGCUGUGAAACAACUAUACGGAUUAAAUAUUAUUUGAAUAAAUUAAAUAUUGAAGGGUUGUUAAAAUAAUAUUUCAUUUUCUACUCCGUUAAUCUAUGCUUCAUAAUAUACGUAUUCCUUGUGUAAAAAUUGUUUCCAUUUUGUUAUACUGCAACACAGAAAUUUUGAAAUUAUUGUGAUGAUUUAUUUUAUUAACAGUUUUUGAAAUUAUUUCAACAGUGUUAUCUUUGUACACUCCGCGACAAAACUAUAAGACACCUGCGAUUUUAUCUAAUAUUUUAUUAAUACUAAUUUUUUCGUGAAAGUUUUCGUUAUUAAUCCAAAGAAUCAACUGAAGUUCAUGCAUUUCCAUAGCGGCAAUGUUAUUCAAUUACAUUGAAAAAAGUUUCAUUAAAAUUUCUAAUUUUUGACAAAAUAAGGUGCGACAAAACUAUAAGACAAUGUAUAUUUUAGGUAAUAAAAAGUGGGUGGAAGUUUAUGAAAAAAAAUUUUUUUUAUUUAUUAGUAAUGUAUUGUGCCACCUUUAUUUUUUAUAGUUUCAAUUAAUCGCCGUGGUAUCGAUUUAUAUAAAUUUUUUAUUUGAUCUUGACUUAAUUUGGCCCAUUGUUCUUCAAUACGAGCUUUCAACACUUCCACCGAUAAAAACUGUUUCCCAUUUCCACAUACAUCAUGUGCUAAAAUUCUCCAGAUGUUUUCUAUUAUAUUUAAAUCUAGAGACCUCGCGCUAUGGUAAAAUUGGUAUAUUACGGUCUUUAAAAUAUUUUUUUACACGUUUUGCUGUAUGCACA